AACUCCAAUGAAUCCCGUAGUAUUAGUGAAUGGUAUUUUGGAGCUAAACUGCACUGUAUUUACUAAUUCGGGAUUGAAUGCCUCUAUGUUAUUUUGGGAAAAAAAUGGAACAAGAUUGAUGGAAGAUUCAAUGAUUCCUGCUGGGGAACGAACUUUGUUAUUUAAGAAAAACAUAACAAGUGUCGAGGAGGAAGGAACGUAUACCUGCAGGAGUAUCGAUAGUCGUGAUAUUUCUCAUUCUUCUCUGGUAGUUGAAUAUGAUGCGGUACGCGAUGUAACGAAUUUUUCAUGUAUCCUUUACAAAAGUCGAGAUGAGUUCACAUGUACCUGGGAACUAGGACUUUACCACCAUCCUGCAUACCUUAACGUUACUGCAAGAGUAUCUAUGGACAACGGAUCCAGCUGGAAAUUUUGUCAAUCAAAUGUCAAAGGGAAAUGUACAUGGACGUCGGAUGAUGGUGCCAUUAAUUCUGUCUCAAAGAUAGUCAUUCUUAAAGUUGAAAACCGAAAGUAUGGCGUCAUCAAGUCAUUUAGGAAAGAUUAUAUUACACGUCACAUAAGCAACAAAUUAACUGAUGUGGAUCUAAACACAAGUAUUGUUGUGUGCGGUCUCGUGCCAGCAUCUACCUAUAAUGUCAAAGUUCAAAUAAAACCAUUAAAAGGACUGUACUACAGUGACGUUACCCAAAAAUUAUUUACAACGUGUUCAAGAGAACCAUCGAAAGGUCCUUCAGUUCACAGCAGUGGGUAUUCGACCGAUAUAUGCCACGAUUGGACAUCUCGUCGCAAGGUCACUGUCUAUUGGAAGGGAAUUCCAAGAAAAUACCAAAAUGGUAAAUUGACAGGCUAUACCAUUUCAUUUCAAAACAACACUGUUCAUCUUGACAGUGAAAGGCUGACUGGGGAAAUAGAAAUUCCAUGUAAAAACAGCAGCAUGCUAAGCAUAAAGGGUUGCAAUAAAGACGGCUGUUCUCUUGAAUCAAAAAUACUCAUUCCACCAUAUACAGAUGUAAUUCUGCCCUCCAAAGUAAUUGUGGAACAUCGAAAUACUUCAUGUGUAGACGUAACUUGGUUUCACAGAGGAGGACAAGUUGCCGUAGACAUAGUGUGGUGUAAAAGAAAAUCUGGCUCGCUUCAAUGUCAGGGUGAGAUCAAUUUUAUGAGAUUGAAUGGAACAUAUAACUUCACCUCUAUAUCGUCUGAAAAUAUCAAAAGCGAAUUUGAUGAUGUCAUCUUUGGUGUGGCUAUUAUAAAUAUAAAAAAAAUAAGUGGCGGUAUUAAGUGGCAGGAUGCAUGCAGCUACCAAAAGAAUUUAGAACCAAAGAAAGUAACAGGCGUCAGGCUUCUCCCAGACGCUCCAGAAAACAGCUUGGUUAUAUCAUGGUCCCCUGUACUGUGUGAUGCCUCAGAUAUAAACAAUGUUUACGUUCACUCCUAUGAAAUCAUUUUCUGUCGACUGGAUUCCCUGAACCAUUGCAAUGGUGAAAAAAAAUCAGUAGAAAUUUCAGCAACUAGUUACACGCAAUACACUUUAAAGAAUCUGCAUCCUAAUGUUAUUCAUGGUAUUUGGGUGAGGGCGAAGUCUCUAACGAAAGUCGGACCUAUAAGUGAUAUGGUUUCCGGAAUACCUGUCAACAACGACCUCACUUCCGGUGCUGUAGUAGGCAUAAUCAUUGCUGGAGGUUUCGUUUUGGUUGUAAUGCUGGCUGGUGGAGUGUGUAUACUGAGAAAUGUACGAAGUAAACUUGGUUUAGGCGAAACUUUUCCAAUUCACAUGCCUGAUUUAGAAUCUGAGAAGUCAUGUGAGAAAUUCCUGAAUUCCCCAGCUCCCUACUAUGGUAACAAAUCUCAAAACUACAUUUCUGAUCAAACAAAAGGAUGCCAAGAGUCAUCGCAUGUAGAAAGUGACCAAUAUAAAGGGAGGGUACUCAAAUGUCUCACAGGAAACCUACUGGAUAAUUGUGCACAGAGUAAGGGUACUGUUUUCCCAUUGAUUGAUUUCCGCAGUGAAAAAGACAUUGAAAAGGAAAAUGACAAUGAGUUGGACAAGAGAAAUGACUAUGAUAAAAUGUCUGAAAUUCUCGACAGAAGAAGUCCGGAAUCGUGCAUGAUUAAUCUAAAGAGAAAACAGAUGUCGGACGUUAUACCCCCUGGUUAUGCAAAAGUUGUGUCCCCCUGUCUCCACGAAGCUGAAAUUUCAGUUGAGCCACGGUCAAUCAAAAAUGAAGAAUCUUUGAAUGACCAACCAAAUAAUGAUGAAAGUUAUGUAACGAAUGAGCCUAGUCACUGGAACGAUGAGAGUACGAGUAAACAUGACGCGGAGCAUCAGAGAGGGAGUUCCCUCUUUUCUAGUUUGACGCAGUCAUUGACAUCUGAUGGGAAUAAAGGCAUAUCUGCUAACCUCACCAGUACAACAACAAACAAUGUUCUGGGCGAUAGUAAUACAAAUUUAAUUGGUGAAUCAUUUCAGAAGACGAUAUCAUCAGCAGAUUUCAACUCAGAUGAUUACAUUUCAAAUGAUUUUUUAACCAAUGUUGAUGUUCAUAGCGCCCCUACAAUCGAUAAAAUUUCAAUUAUUGAUAUUAAUUCUUCUGCAUUUAGCCAACAUGUAGCAAGUAACAUUUGUGACAAGGCGGAAAUGUGUCCAGAUUAUGUUUAUAAUGAUACUCAGCCAGACAAUGCGACAGGAGUGAAGCUCUUAAUAAUAAACUAUGGAGUAAGUCAGAAUAACAGUGACAGUGAAAACACUACGGGAAGUAUGGAAUAUGUGUCAUAUUCUGGAGCUUUGGAAGGGGAUCUCUAGUCCCAAAAAUGUAAAUGGAGUUGUUCAUUUCUCGCUUGUAUAUUUGUUUGUUUGUUGUUGUUUACUAUUCACUUUUCUUUACAAAAAAUGUACACUGUUUUGUCUUAUAGUGUCUUAUGUAGUUGCUUGGUGUUGUGCAAAACGAGAAUUAAGUACUGAUGCAAUAACGCUAAAUAAACCUUACUUUUUAUGAUUAGUUUCACUUAAGAUUGCAAUUGAUUUAGUUGUUUUGGAACAUAUAUGCAUGAACAAUAUUGUAUUUGUUGGUUUUUACCGUUGAAAGUCUAUCUAUCAUCUGCUGCCUUCAUAAGACACUCUUGUUGAUAAUAAACGUUUGUAAAGCAUAUUUUUACUGAAAGUGUGUCAAUACCAGACCAUUGUUGAAAAUGAUAUUCUAUAUUCCUUGAUACUCUUAAUGUAAAUAUAAGGCGUCAUAUAUUACAUUAGAUAACACUGUAUAGUAUUUUUAGCGGUCUUACAUUUAGUGUAACCAAAUACAUGUAUGUGAUUACUUAAACUGAUUAAUA